UCAGAGGAGGAGAGCCCUUUCAUAGCCAGAUAAUGGGCACGGUGAAGACAGAAAUGUUACACUGGGGAACGCCUUGAACGCAUCACAAUACGCAGAGGCUGAAUGGCUCUGGUGACCACAGAGUCCUGGACGCAUUCAGCUCUGACGGACUGACAGGACCUGUCAGCAGCAGAGCUCUCUGAACCAGAAAUCAAAAUGAAGAAAAGAGGAGGGUAAAGAGGAGGGCAUUGGUAAAAAAAAAAAGGGAGGGGAAAGGCGAGAGAUGUUUUCACUCAAAGGUGAAACUAUCUGCCACAUACAAGAGUAUGAAGUCUGACAGCUGAGACGGACUAAACCGCAAACUGAAAAUGAAUCAAUCUGAUGGAUCUAGACCCUGUAUUUCCAUGAGAUCCAAGGCAAAGAACAGCUUGAUGUUUGACUGGAUAUCUCUCAAUUGAACACAUUCGGAAUUUACUGAUGGAACCUUUGACAGCCGCCACAGAUGACAGAACACCAGUGUAAAUGUUUUCAUGAAGUGGCAAACGGCUGUGUGGUCUACAUGCAACUGGUAGGUGGGUGGUGGAACUUCCCCUGAGCUCAAUAGAGAAGACUUGCCAGGGGCAUCCAGCCCGCCAACCAGCCAGAAAAACAGCUAGACGGUCAACUUCUCAUUCAACCAAACGGACUGGAAGUCAGUCAGACAGACAGACAGACAGACGUCUGGACAGACAGACUUCUUAAGCUCCAGCCAUGUCUAACUCCCAUGAGCAGAGUUUGAAUGAAAAUGUGGUGUUCCUGCCCAUGUCUGAGUCCAGUCCAGAGUUUCUCCACUGUGAGCAGGAGCGAUACGCCCUGGAGACCCUGCUGAGCUCGGGGCCUGCAGCCUUCUACACCAGGCUGGGCCAGGAGAGUCUGGCCCCCUUCCUCUCCCCAGAGGAGGUUAAUCAGAUCAGCGGCUGGGCCAAGAACUACCACAUCAGCCAGAUACAGCUGGAGAACGGGGAGGAGAAGGAGGACGAGGAGGAAGGGGAGGAGGGCUCGGGGCUCCAGGGCUUUUCUGGCUGCUACUUCCCCACCCACUCUGACACCCCGGCCCCCUGUCUGGUGUUGGGCUGGCCCGAGAGGAUGUCCUGGGUGGGAGUGGAUAGUGCCACAGUCCACACCAACCCCCCGGCCGAGGGCCAGCCCAACAUCAGGGAGGUCAUCAGGAGGCUGCUGCAAGGAGCCACCAAGGUGAUUGCCAUAGUGACAGACAGACUGUCAGACAAUGCUGUGAUUGGUGACUUGCACUGCCAGGCCUCUCGGGGAGUUCCGGUUUACCUCAUCCUGAACCAGAGGUCCAUCCAGGAGAACUUCUCACCCCACAGGCUGACAAAUCCCAACAUCCAGGUGCGCGUGCUGGGAGGAAAGACCUACUGCACGCGGGAGGGGAAGAUGGUGGUGGGGGAGAUGAAAAACAACUUCCUCCUGGUGGAUCUGGAGACGGUGGUACAAGGAAGCUAUAGUCUGACCUGGAGUGACGCCCACCUGCAUCGUCAGCUGGUGACUGUUCUGAGUGGUCAAGUGGUUGAGUCCUUUGACCAGGAGUUCCGGAUCCUCUUCGCUGCCUCUCUCCCCAUCCCAGACAGCUGGAAGGUUGCCAAGCACCCCAUGGACGUUACAUUCCACUCAGAGAGGUCUGAUCUGGGCCAGUCAAGCCACGUCCCCAUGGAGCCCCUCUCAACCCCCGAACCCAGCCUGCCCACAACCUCCCCACUGGACUGGGAGGCCAUGGGGGUCAUUCAGAGACACAUGCGCGAAUCCCGUGUCAAUCUGCACGGUCCGUCCAUGACCGCAGAGGAACCACUGCUGUUCAGUCCACAUGAGAGAAAGACGUUGUUAGUGCAAGAGUCUAAUCGCCACGAAACAACAUUUCUGGAGGAGGAGAGAACAUGUUUCAAUCCCAACUUUGGGAAGAGGAAUCAACAAGACAAUCUGCAAAGUUUAAAGAACACCAGGCGCUCUGAGACAGACUUUCAGACCUUCACUAAGAAGGAGUUCCAACACAGGGUUCAGACAGACACAAGCUACUCCAGACAGCUGUCCUGGCAGAGGAGCUGUGAGUCAGGGGAGGAGCGUCCAGCUCAGCCUCGUCAUGACAACACAGACGUGAGCUCCAGACAAGAGACCCCGGUCCUCUCCUCCCAUCAGAGAUGGCAUCAACCAAACAGGAGACAGGGCAUUUUGGAGGAGGAGUCAAAAACAGCUCAAGGCCUAUCAGAAUCGAGCUCAUGGGCGGACAGUCCAUCCUCGACUACGAAGCCUCUGAUACUGAGGGUGCCUCAGCGUGAAAGCUUCAGCUCUCUAAGUGACAUCAUGAGAAGACUGCAGCCUCGACAGAGCUCCUCAGGGCUCAUGACCAGGGUGUCCAAGAGCACGGUGUCAGAGCUCAGCCGCUCCAUGAUGGAUCUGCGAUCGGAGAACACUGACACAAGUCUGCAGAGGGACCCCACAGCACCAAAAUUACAAGCCAAUUACUUUGAUCCUUUCCGAGUGACCCCAGCCCUCGCCCUGAUGAAGAAGAGGAACGAUGACCUCAAAGCUGUGAUGCUUCGACAACCCAAGACGUUCCUGCCCCCCUCCAGACCUCGGAGCAGCAGCUUUGGACUGCAGAUGGACUGGAGAAGGCCACAAACUGACAGGGACCGAGGGAGGGAGGAGACCAAGUGACGCCAGGACCUUAACCCCUCUCAGAUGUGGAGUCAGUGGAGAGAAUGUGGCAGACCACGGCAGCUGCUGGAGGACAGGCUCCACAGAAUACAGCCCCAUCUGCUGGAUGUGCUUUGACUGUACUGUUCUCACUGCACCUUGUAUUGCUGAGUAAUAAAAGGUUUCUACUACCUCUGCUGAAGUUGACCAUAAAAAAAAAAAACAUGAAGUCUGUUUUAUGUGUGAGUGAAGAUUCUUAAAAGUUUUUUAAAAGAUAGGAAAAUAUCUACUGAUCAAUCCCACGUGUGUUAUAAGUCUGUGGUGAAGUAUUUACAGUGUGAUUUAUUGUGACAAAGGGCUUUGCAAUCUCUUUAAAAUUCCAUUUAUAUUUUCAAUUGGAUUUUGAAUAUCAUAUACUGUAAUGUAAUAGUCUAGUAUAGCUAAAGAGCUAAUCCUGUCAGCUACGUUGCUUUACUGACAAGCCAAAACAUUACUUUUGUGACUUUUCCCCAGAAAAUUGUGUAUGGAAAAUAUGUUGGUUUAGUAAGCAGGACUCCCUCUAAAAGGGGAGAUUAACUCCUGCUUGUGUGAUAACAGGCUCUAUGUACAACACACUUUUUUUAUCAAUAAAAA